AUCGACUAGAAUUCCGAUUUCAGACGAGGAUAAAUAUACAGUAGGUGUAUGUCUAUAUGAAAACAAGGUUUAUGUCAAAAGGAAUCCAUAUUGGGAAAAACUGGUAGAUGAAUUUAAAUUAGACUACGGGUACAAUAUUAUAAAUGGAAGGGUUCAGAUAGCAAAAAAGAAAGCAUUCAAUAUAUCCUAUUGUGAAUUGGCAGAAUUACCCAAUAGAUUUUGUGAGAUUAAAAGGCUCAAACUUCCAAAAAACUCACAUUGGAUACAAGAUGAUAAAGAUUUGCGUUUUUUAUCUGAUGAGAGCAUCGUUGAAUUAAUUUACUUUGAUGGGCAAUUUGAGACCUUAAUGUCUAAUAAAGAUAUUGCUAAGAAAUCUUUAGCGCAUGAAUAUGAAAACUUUCCUAAAGCCAGCAUAAACAUUACUAAAGGGAUAUUUAAAAUUUCUCCCGAAUUUAAAGAUGCAUUAUAUAAUUUUAUUGAAUCCAAAGAUAUCGAAAAACUUCAAAAGAUUAUAGAUAAUUUCGGUACCUUUAUACCAACGAUCGUUCAUUUUGGAGGAAGAAUAAAUUUUGAAGGAGAUAAAUUGCAUGUAUACGGGGGCGAUAAGAUUUCUAUGUAUGGUGGCGAUAAAAAGACCUGGACUGAGUCACUCAAUAACCCCGCAGAAUGGGAGCCAGUCAAUUAUUUAAAUUUAAAAAGCAUAUACGAAUUACUAGAUAAUGAUUUACAAAAAAAUUUGAUUUUAGCUAGGGGAAAAGUGAUUCUUAAAGCCUAUGACAGAGAUUUUGAGAUUUCGGAUUUUAAUGGACAUAUUGUAAAAAGUCUCGAUAUACCUCAUAAGAUAGUAUCAAACCAUCUUAUAGAUUCUCAAGUAUUUGCAACAUUAGUUAAUAUGCAUGAGGACGACAAUGAUAUUUUUGCAUUUUGGCUUUAUCGCCCGAGUUCUCAUAAAUCUCACAUGAUUAUUCAUCGUAUAAAGCCAAACAGAAAAAGGAGUAUUCAUUUAAGGAUAGGAUGGAUCGUAGUCGGAUAUUGCCCAGAUGCCAGAUAUAUGAUCAAGAGCUUAAAUUACAAAUCUCAUAUAAUAACUCAAAAGUUAAAUAUUCAACUACAAAAUGAUCAAUUUUAUCAUGAAAAAAUAUCCAAAUUUUACGAUCUAAAUCCACAAAUUCUCGGCAACGCAUACAACUAUGGCUUUAUAGGAGCUCUUGAAACCAAUAUACUAGAGUCUCCCGAAAAAACGUUAACGAUUGGGCAUUAUUUUCAUCAAAAUUUAGAUAACAUUAGUGCUUGUGUUUUUGGUCAUUGUUUUGAAAGAUCAAAUUAUCGUGGAAAUACAAAAUUAACCAUCAAUAUAUUAGCUUAA